AAGCUGGCGAGUGACAGGGAGGGGGCGGUGACGGCGCACUAGAAUGCGAAGCGGUGCGGGACCGCGGCGGUUGGGGUCCGGAGGGAAGGUGGCGCGGCCGAUGACAGCAUUGUCCCGCGACGCCGUCCUAGGAGUUGUGGGCAGCGGCCGCAGCAGUAACCGGGCUAAGGCAGUCCCGGCGUUUGUCGCUUCGGCGACGUGAGCGCUUAAGGGAGUGAGCUCGAGCUUGAGCCGGGGCGCAGAGCGGGCCGAGGCGCGGCCGGGCGCCCCCGCCACUACCCACUCCCCGGGGCCGCGCCCCCAGCUGCGAAGGGAAGUUGUGUGGUCCCGACCCCCGCAGCCGCCUCCUCAGGAGCCCCGUCCUGGGAUAUGAUUUUGCUCCUGAAGACGACCUUAGCAUCAUCCCAGAAAUUUUGGAUAUUCAGAUUUGCAUAAUGACAAAGUAUUAAUUGAAAGAGAAGCAUAACAAAUCCUUAUACAGCAUGGAAACAGUUUUGGCAGAAGGCGGGGAUCUUGAACGAAAUUUGAAGGAGAAAACACCAAAUGAUGUCAUGAAGAGUUCGAUAUACCUGAAAAGACAGAACAACAAGAAAGAAAGGGAUUUAUUAAACAUAAUUCAGUGAAAUAGAAGUGAACAUCACUGAUAGCACAAGUGCAGAUUCCAUCCUAAUAUUUUUUCUGAACCUAGUGCAUGUUGGUGAUGCCAAAGAUGUCCAUGGGCCAUCAACUUUGGUAACAAACAGUGAUGAUUCACACCUUCUGACCUCAGUGAAGAUGAAUCAGCGACAGGGAAAAGAAACCUACUUAACUCCAACCAAAGAUUUGCUUCAGCCAUCCCUGAGUCCAGGAAUUGCUCAUAGUCAGGGUUUUGAAAGAGGAAAGGAUGAUCUUGCUCAAAAUAAAGAAGAGGCAUCACAUUCAAUGUCAAAAAGCAAGUCUGAAUCCAAACUUUAUAAUGGCUCAGAGAAGGACAUUUCAUCUUCAAGCAAGCUCACCAAAAAGGAAUCUCUUAAGGUACAAAAGAAAAAUUACCGAGAAGAAAAGAAGAGAGCCACAAAAGAAUUACUAAGUACAAUCACAGAUCCUUCAGUUAUUGUUAUGGCUGAUUGGCUUAAGAUUCGUGGUACACUUAAAAGCUGGACCAAACUUUGGUGUGUCUUGAAACCUGGAGUGUUGCUGAUUUAUAAAACCCAAAAAAAUGGUCAGUGGGUUGGAACAGUGCUUCUGAAUGCCUGUGAACUUAUUGAGCGACCAUCCAAAAAGGAUGGCUUCUGUUUCAAACUUUUUCAUCCUUUGGAACAGUCCAUUUGGGCAGUUAAGGGCCCAAAAGGUGAAGCAGUUGGAUCUAUAACUCAGCCAUUACCUAGCAGUUAUUUGAUCAUCCGAGCUACUUCAGAAUCAGAUGGUAGGUGCUGGAUGGAUGCUUUGGAAUUGGCUUUGAAAUGUUCCAGUCUUCUUAAACGCACAAUGAUCAGGGAAGGUAAAGAACAUGACCUGACCAUGUCAUCAGAAAAUACACAUGUGACUUUGUAUGGCUUACUACGUGCUAACAAUCUUCAUAGUGGUGACAAUUUCCAAUUAAAUGACAGUGAAAUUGAAAGACAACAUUUUAAGGACCAAGAUAUGUACUCUGAUAAAUCUGAUAAGGAAAAUGAUCAUGAACAUGAUGAAUCUGACAAUGAGGGAAUUGGGAAAAGUGAAGAAAGUGACACAGAUACAUCAGAAAGACAGGAUGAUUCCUACAUUGAACCUGAGCCUAUUGAACUUCUGAAAGAGACCACUUACACAGAGCAGGGUCAUGAAGAACUUGGAGAGGCAGGUGAGGCUUCUCAAACAGAAACUGUAUCCGAAGAAAACAAAAGUCUUAUAUGGACACUGCUGAAACAAGUGCGGCCAGGCAUGGACUUGUCCAGGGUUGUUCUGCCUACAUUUAUCUUGGAACCUCGUUCUUUUCUGGAUAAACUCUCUGAUUACUACUAUCAUGCAGAUUUCCUUUCUGAGGCAUCUCUUGAAGAAAAUCCUUAUUUCCGCUUAAAAAGGGUAGUGAAAUGGUAUUUGUCAGGAUUCUAUAAAAAACCAAAGGGAUUAAAGAAACCAUAUAAUCCUAUACUUGGUGAGACUUUCCGCUGUCUCUGGGUUCAUCCAAGAACAAACAGCAAAACUUUUUAUAUUGCCGAACAGGUGUCCCAUCACCCACCUAUUUCUGCCUUCUAUAUUAGCAACCGAAAGGAUGGGUUUUGCCUUAGUGGUAGUAUCCUGGCCAAGUCCAAGUUCUAUGGAAAUUCUCUAUCUGCUAUACUGGAAGGAGAAGCACGUUUAACUUUUUUGAAUAGAGGUGAAGAUUAUGUGAUGACGAUGCCAUAUGCUCAUUGUAAAGGAAUUUUGUAUGGAACAAUGACUUUGGAGCUUGGGGGAACUGUUAACAUUACAUGUCAGAAAACUGGAUAUAGUGCGAUACUUGAAUUCAAAUUAAAGCCAUUUUUAGGUAGCAGUGACUGUGUUAAUCAGAUAUCAGGGAAGCUUAAACUGGGAAAAGAAGUGUUGGCUACUUUGGAAGGCCAUUGGGAUAGUGAAGUUAUUAUUAAUGAUAAAAAGACUGAUUCUUCAGAGAUCUUCUGGAAUCCAACUAGUGAAAUUAAACAGCGGAGACUAAUAAGGCACACUGUAAAAUUUGAAGAACAGGAACCAUUUGAAUCAGAGAAGCUGUGGCAACGGGUUACUCGGGCCAUAAAUGCCAAAGAUCAGACAGAAGCUACUCAAGAGAAAUAUGUUUUAGAAGAAGCUCAAAGAAAGGCUGCCAGAGAACGGAAAGGGAAGAAUGAAGAAUGGGUUUGCAAGUUAUUUGAACUCGAUUCAGUCACAGGAGAAUGGCAUUACAGAUUUUCUGAUACCCGACCAUGGGAUCCUCUGAAUGAUCUGAUACAGUUUGAAAAGGAUGGUGUCAUCCAAACUAAAGUCAGACAUCGGACACCAAUGGUUAGUGUUCCCAAAAUGAAGCAUAAGCCAAGUAGGCAACCGAAGAAAGUGAUAAAAGGCUAUUCCUCUCCAGAACUUGAUAUCCAGGACUCCUCUGGAAGUGAAGCUCAAGUACUAAAACCAAGUUCAAGAAGAAAGAAGACAAUAGAUCUUGCAGACCUGCAGAGUUCCAUUGAAUCUAUAAAACAAACACAGGAAGAAAUUAAAAGAAAUAUUAUGGCUCUACGAAAUCAUCUUAUUUCAAGUUCAACUGCCACAGACUAUUUCCUACAACCGAGAGACUACUUCAUCAUUUUCUUGCUGAUUUUGCUACAGAUCAUAAUAAACUUCAUGUUUAAGUAGAAUUCUUUACACAAUUGAGUGAAUUAAAUGGAAUGAUUAGAUUUAUCCUGGGACCAUUUUUCAAGUUGGUUUGGACUUUAUUCAAACAAUGCAAUAUUUCUUAAAAGAACCUUAGAGAUAAAUCUAUAAGGUUUGACCUCUCAUGCCUUGUAUCCUUAACGGGAACAAGACCUGUCCUUUCUGGUUAACGUGAAAAUUGCGUAAGUGCCAGAAUAUUUCUUGUUUUUAUCCAUGUGUUUUUAUCUGUGUGCAUCUGUGCAUAUACAUCCUGUAGGUAUUAGUUCCUAAGAAUAGUCAUAUAUUCUAUAGUAAUGUUUCAAUCUGUAGUCAUGUAGUGUUGUUAACAAAAGGUUAUUAAGUUUGUACAACUAUGUACAGUAAUCAGUUUUCUGUAUAAAACAGGCAUACAACUUUUAUUGAUAAGGACUUACAUUAUGGGGAAAAAUAGAGAAAUAGAUCUAAAGAAUUUGCUGUACUGUACACAGAUGACUUCCAAAGGACCUAACUUUUAUCUCUUUCUUUUUGGAAAUAUAAAAAGAAAAAUAUGUUGAUGGUACACACAAAUACACACAAUGACACAUUGGAUCAAAAAUCAAAUUUACAUGAAGGGUUUUUGUUUUUUGUGUGGACUCUUAGCAUAUGUUUAAUGUAGAUAACUUUUGGUAUGGACAUAUUUACGCAUGUACAUGUAGAAAAGUUCACUUUAUUUUCUAUGUCUAGUAAUGACCUUUGUAUUGUCUUUGUCAUGUUUGAUGACUCCUUGAGCACAUCUUAGAAAAAAUUUCUGUAAAUUUAUUUCUUUAAGCAAGACCUGCCAACAUUCAUGGCCUUCUACCACUUUGAUUAUUAUGAAUCUAAAUUUCAAGAAAACAAGAGAACUUAAUUUCAUUGUAGUAAAUUUGAAAAAAAAAAAAAACUUAUUGGGUAUUAAAUUAUCUUUGCUAUCUGAAUUUUUUUUACUGUAUGCCCUAGAACUCAAAAGUGAGUAUUGUUUAUGAUACAGCCUAGAGCAAUUCUAAGUGGUUUAUGAAACAGAGAAAUGAGAUGAUUCAGGUAAUUUCAUCAGUAAGUGGUUUGUUUUAGGAAUGCUUCUUGAGCUUUUAUUUAUACCUUAAACUGUUUAAUGGUUGAAAAGCACAGAAGACUAUUAAAAUUUUACAUCAAAGCCAAAAGGAGAUAGAAAAUGAGAAAUAAUGAUCUAAAGAUUCUGCAAAUGAUUUUUUUAAAUUACUCUUAAGAAAUACAGCAGUGUUACAUACCUAAGAAGAGUUUAGCAACUUAAUCCUUUAUUUUUAUCCUUAUUCUUAGUAAUUUAAAAAAUGUAAAUCAUAUUGCUGUAAGAUCUUGUUUUAUGUUUAAAGCUCCAUGAUACAAAGUAAGACAAUUUAACUUUUUCAUUUAAGAUGUUAGAUUUUUUUUUGGAUUUUUACAAGCUUUUUAUAGUCUUCAGAUGCAAUUUUUGUGAAUUACUUAAAGUAGUUAAUUAUAAAAGACUUUUUGUAAUAUUGAAAAAAAGAUUCUGAGACUUGCUGAUAAUAAGGGCAAAAAGAUGUAACUCUCAAGUUUUGACUUUAACAGAAUAAAAACUACAAGCCAGUAAGUAAGAUUAAAAGACAUAUGGUAAACUAUGAAAACUGAGGAGUCUACGUCUGACUGAAUUAAGUAUCCCAAGUAGAAUGUUUGGGUAAUAUGAAUCUAACAUACACACAUGAAGAGCUGAUUUCUCCUGCGUAAUUAGGAAAAUAAAUAUGCCUACUUAUUCAGUUGGAAAUAAUCAUAUAGGUAAAGAAAAAAAGAUUAUAUCAAACAUUUCCAUAUUAGAAACCACAGUGUUGCAACUUACACUUUGCAUUUUCUCUACUUAUUCAUUCCAUUGCCAGUGUUUAGCCUGUCUAGAUAUCUGUUGUAGUUUUUAAAAAGAUAUUUAAAUGUGUAUUUGUGUUACAUAUAUUAUGUUACCUUUAUAUUUCAAUUCUAGUUUAAAAUUGAAACUUUUUUUUGGUGAUGAGUUGAGGAUGAUGAGUGGUUGGUGACCAGGUCAAUCUAUUUUUAUUCUUAUGUUUGAAUAUAAUUGUUAAGAUAUAGAUGUGCUAGAAAAAUAUCCCUUCUUAACCACAACUAAAAAGUGGUUGCUUGCUCCUUAACCCAUCUGAUAUAGGUUCAGUUUUUAACUAAAGAGGCAGAGGAUAUUUCACGGAAUUUGCAAAAGUGAAAAUAAGAUUUUUCAUGACUGUUUUAUUAUAUGCUUAAAAGCACAUAUCGAAUACAAUAUAUCCUAAUGUUUUUAGUCACAUGAAGUACCUUUCUGUGAGCUGAACAUGACACUCAGGAAUUGGUGGCUUAGUAUUAGACCAAUGCUGGUAAUAGGCUUGGUAUAAGAAUCCUUCAAAACACAUAAUUAGCUCGUAUUUAGCCAUAACAUGUGUUGAGACCUUGAAUGUUCUUUGAGAGUAACCUGUUUUUUCAUCUACACAUGAUUCAGAAAAACUGUGAUUGUAUAGUUUGCAGUUAUCUGAGGCUGGUGCCUCCUUCUGGGCUAAACUCCUUAUGACCUGUUUUCUCAUUUUAUUACUCUUUUUUUUUUUUUUGCAUAAAAAUUUAGAGAAAUGUUAUUAUUUUUAAAUGUUAACCUUUAGUUUUCUUUUAGUGAGAUGCAUUUGGUCUAUCAAAAAAGAGUAUGUGAGUCAUGUGAAAUGUUAAGUAGAGUUAUAGCAAUAGAUAAUUUUUCCUAAAUAUUUCACAUGUCACUACUUUUUUGUAGCACUUAUAAAGGUACAGUACAGUUUUAUUCAUAUUAGCACAAAUAGCCAUCUGCAUUGUAUUAAAUUUUGCCUUGUAAAAUAUAAUACUCAUUUAAUAUUUAUGCUUUUGUGCCUCUAAGGAAAUCUUUUUGCCAGUUGUAUUUACUGAGACAAAAAUCUGAAUUGAAAGUAUUUGUUAAUCAGUAGAUUUUUUUUUUUAAAAGGGUCACUGUCACUUUUCUUUUAUAAAUAUAUUUAAACAGUAACUCUGUAGUUUUAUAAGGGUUUGUCUAAUUAUUGUACUUAAAAUUAUAUCCUCCACUCUUCAGAUAUCACAGAAAUAGAUUUGCCAGAUUCUUUCUGAGUAUUGUAAACAGUGCCUUUUAAUGAAUUCACACUGUUUGGGGAUGUAUAAAGAACUUGUUAAUUUGUGCCAUAUAUAUAUUAAAAAAAACUUUUGUGGGAGGCAGUUAAGUUACUUAUAACUUUUUGAAACCUAUCUCACUCUUAGUCAAAUAUCUAAGGAAACAAUAUAUACAAUUCCAUUUUUUCCCCUAGUUUUUAGUUUUUCUACUGAGUGGUAAACAUCUGUGCUGUUUGUUUUCUGUACAGUAAUGGUAUAAUGCAUUGUGGCAUUAUUGAAGAGCCAUAAAUGACACCAUAGAUUACAAUGGAUUCAUUAUGUAAAAUAUGCAAAAAAUUAAACUUAAUAUUUAAACCUAAAUUGACAUUUUAAACUAUCUGAAAAACAACAACAUAGAAAUGAAUAAAUGUUUACAUUUCAACUUUUGCUUAACUGGGGAAAUGAUUCCUUAAAAUGCAUAGCCUGCCACUAAUAUGUACCUUUAUUUCAUUUUGUUCUAGUUAGAGAAUGUCAUAUUGGCAUUUUUUAAUUUUCUCUUUUGUUACUUUUAACAUAUUGCUUGUUUUUAUACUGUUACAUUUUAAAAAUGAAAAUUGACUGUUAAAAGUUGUAUAGGACCAGUGUCUCAUUAAUUAAUCUGAUUAACAUAUAUAUAUAUAUUUAUAUGAAUACAAGUAUAAACAUAUAUAUAGAAGAGCCACAAAGAAACCCAUGACAAAAUGAAUGUGAAUGUUCUUCCUAAAAUAUUUAGAAAAUUUAUUUCAUGUUUCUGCAUCUUUCAUGUAAAAUUAUUUUAGUGUCACAUUACUGAUAAAGUUAUUUAAAGAAAAAUGUAAUGUAACAAAGAUAAUGAGCCACAAAAAUUCAACUGGAGUUUUCACUGUAUGGCAUGCUAAGUGUAAACCCAUGUAAACAUCUGGUUAAUGGCCACUUGUAAAUUAAAGCACUACCACUGGUCAAGUUUUGUAUGAUUAAUAGAAUAAAGAGAUAUUAUCUGCA